AUGCGUAAUGAGUAUGUUGUCGCAAUACUCCACACAGCACUACAUAUUGUUAGGGACAGUACAGAAAAAGAGUUUAGCAUGCGUCCACAACAAGAAAUCAUCGGGGAAGAAAGUUCCGGGCGUGUCGAUUAUGCAAUUAAGGCAAGCGAUACCGCCCUUACUAUCGAAUUUACCAAGAAGGCCUUGGAAAAAAAUUCGGAGGAAUACGAAGCAUUGUGUAAGGGCGUGAAAAAGGUAUUGGGUGUUAUCGUUGGUUUGUUAAAGGAUAGGGCAUGUGUUGGAAAAUCGCCGGCUACAAAAAGGGCUAGGGUUGAGGGAUACCGCGCUAAAAAAUGA